AUGGGGGGAGUUAAAGGUGGAGGUGGCCACGGCGGAGGCGGACACGGUGGAGGCGGUGGUGGAUAUGGAGGUGGAGGAGGAGGUCAUGGAGGUCAUGGUGAUGGUGGACACGGAGGAGGACAUGGAGGAGGAGGGGGAUAUGGGGACGGAGGAUUCGGUGGAGGAGGUCAUGGAGGAGGUCAUGGAGGAGAACAUGGAGGUCAUGGAGGAGGAGGAUAUGGGGACGGAGGAUUUGGUGGAGGAGGUCAUGGAGGUCAUGGAGGAGAACAUGGAAGUCAUGGAGGAGGAGGAGGAGGAUAUGGGGACGGAGGAUUUGGCGGGGGAGGUCACGGAGGAAGUGCAAUAGGCGGUGGUUAUGGGGACGGUGGACAUGGAGGUGGAUUUGGCGGAGGUGGUGGAGGAUAUGGUGGAGGCGGUGGUGGAGGAUAUGGCGUUGAGAUGAGCUACGGAGGAGAGGACCAUUACGAAGGAACUUAUAUCGCUCUUGUGCCCGUAGGCAAGGGGGUGAUGAUGAAAGGUGGUGGCGGCGGAAAGGGAGGAGGAAAGGGUGGAGGAAAAGGAAAAGGAGGUGGAUUUAUGAGCAUGAUGUACGGCAUGAUGGGAGGAGGUAAAGGAAAAGGAGGAGGUAAAGGUGGAGGAGGGAAGGGAAAAGGUGGUGGUGGUGGAUACGGUAUGAUGUCGUACGGUGGCGGUGGUGGUAAAGGUAAAGGUGGUGGCAAAGGAGGAGGUGGUGGUGGAAAAGGAAAAGGUGGUGGUGGUGGUGGAAAAGGAAAAGGUGGUGGAGGUGGUGGAUAUAUUCUCAUUGAACAAGGGUAUGGUGACCAUGGGGGUGGGUAUGGUGAUGAUAGUGGAGGAUAUGGUGGAGGUGGUGGAUACGACGAUUACGAGUACGAGUAUGAUGACGGCUACGGAGGAGGGAUGAUGGACCAAAUAAAGGGCAAGUUCAAAAAGAUGAUGGGUUGGAGAAGGUAG